UAAGAACCUCUCCCCCCUCCAAAUAUCAACUAUAAAUAGACGGUGGCAGGGUGAUCUUUUCUCAUCACUAGCUACUUGCUCACUGAUCCGGUUCUGUUUUAUCGCUCAGCGCAUCCGCACCCUGAUUUGAGCAGUAGUCCUGAUGGAGCAUUUCAGGAGAGGGGUGGAGUUUGGGAUGGCCUCCUUCCAGAGAUGUCAUCCACUGUCAUGUCAAAUGGCAGAGAACGCACCAUUCGAUGCUCAAAAGGCGGCUAUCCGCUGUAAAGAGAAGUCAUGGCGUUCUAAGUGCCACCACCCCGAAGAGAUGCCGGUCAUCCCUGAGCAGGCCAUGGAGUACCUCUCUCGUACAUGGAGCCCCUCCUCCUCGGAUCUCUUCCAAAUACUCUCCCCCAGUAGCCUAGGAUCGUCACCGGAGGACUCUGAGCGAGAUGAAGCAGGAGGAGACAGAGGCCAAGACGAAGAGAAGCAUCUUGACACGGUUCAUUCCGACGGAGGAACAAGCCAAUUGUUCAAUCAGACUUGGAGAGUUGUAGCCAGUGGCAAGCCUAGCUCCAGACAGCGCCGGCACAAGCUAGUCCAGCCUGCCUGGCUCAACGUUGGGAAUAUGAAGGCGAUGCUGCGAGGGUUCCUGCUGGACAGCGUGAUGCCGGCUACCGGAAGCCGGCGGAGGAGGCGGAGGGACGAGCUCCGGCUGCACUCGGCGCAGGCGCACGCGGCCGUGUCGGUGGCGCAGCUCGCCGCGGCGGUGGCAGGCGUCGUGUCGGUGUGCGACCUGAGGCCGGCCCCGGCCGCGACGGCCAGCGCCGGCGGCGACAGGAGGCUGGGCACGGUGCUCGCGUCCGCGGCGGCGCUGGUGGCCACCGUGUGCGCGGAGGCCGCGGAGAGUGCCGGCGCCGGCCGCGGCCGCGUCACGUCCGCCGUGAGGACCGGCCUCGAGAGCCGCUCCUCCGCGGAGCUCCUCACCCUCACGGCCACCGCCGCCACAAGUCUGAGGGGAGCUGCAGCGCUGAAGCAGAGGGUGGCCGACCUCAGGGGGAUCAGCAGCAGCAGCAACGCCAUGGCCAUGGGCAUCAGCGCUGGCAUCCAGAAGGGCACCACCCUCAGAGUCUGCCUGCCUUGCGGGAGGGUGCGGGUGAGGACGGUGUCCGUCUUCCCUCAGCGCGGCGGCGGCGGGGUGGCGCUGAGGCUGGGGAAGAAGCGCCUCCACGGCGCGUUCGCCACCUACAAGGACUAUGUGGUAUCGGCGGUCAGGGAGGGCAGCGGCAAGGCGGUGGUGGAAGGGCGGCCGGCGUUUCCGGUGGCGCUGGUCACGGAGGAGGAGGAGGGGGCGACGGUGCAGCUGCUGUUCGAGCACCAGACGCACUGCAAGGUCUGGAAGGCCGCCAUCGAGGGGAUGCUGGCCGAGCAGAAGCUCAAGCGCGGCAGCAACUGAUGAACUGACCGGGCGGGGACUGUUUGUGUUUCCAGCACGCAUCUGUACUUGCUCUUGCUACUACAAUUCUACUUGAUCGAGUAGAUUUUUUUGGAGAGGAGAGUUGUUGUUCUUUCUCUAUGUGUAGCCAUGCGUGCCUUGCGUCUUGUAUCUCUGUGUAUAAUGUAUGGGAGUGAAUCCAAGUUCAUAAAAGGGUGAAGAAUCUGCUGUAGAAUUGAA